AGGGAAGGAGAGAGCGAGCGAAAACAGGAAAAGAAAGAGAAGAGGCCUGGAACAGGAGCUUAGGGAGGAGAUUAAAAAAAAGGGGGGAGGCGGACAAAAAUAAAAAAAGAGAAAAGGGGAAAUCUUCCCCCUUCAGGCCGAUGCAAAGCUUGGGUUGCGGCGGGGAGAGAAAGAAAGAGCGAGAGAAAGAGAGGGGGGCGAUGAGGGCAUUUAUAGCCUGCUCGGGGAAGGCUCAGGGGUGCAAAGGAGGAUGGUGGUGAUAAUAAUAAGCUAAGGUUCCGGGGUUAGUUUGGGGCUGCGGGGGCCACAUCGACAGGGGAAGCUUUGCAAAAGGCAGCGGGGAGGAAAGGGGGGGAAGUAUGAACGUUCCAGCGGACGGGGAACUCUGAACGUUCGCUUUCCCUCCGUUCGCUCCCCCCUCCCUGGAGAAAACCUCAGCGUUCCAUCCGGAGGGCUCCGGCGUUCCAUCCGGCCUCCCAAGCGGUCUGUUUGGGCGCCUCUCUCGCUAGAACGGGGUGGGGGGGGGAGUGGGAGGUCUAGGAAAGGCGACCGAGGCAGCCCCCAAAGCAGGGGAUCUCUAUCUCUUCCCCCUCGGAUGCGGCGGCUGGAAGAUCAAAGGCAAACCCGGAGCUCCCUUUGUGUGCCGUCCUAGGAAGAUCGGGCUCGUUGCUCUUUCCUUUUUUUUUUUUUGCCUUAUUUUGAAACUCCGGAGUGUCGUGGUGGAAGCACCCUCUCCUUGUGUUAAGGGGGCUGGGCUGCUUGGUGGUUUUAUUUUUUUGUGUGGUUUCCCCCCCCUCCCGCGGGUGGAGAAAAAAAUAUUCGGAUAUUUGGAUUUAGCAUCCUUUCGAAACCUGUUUUUUUUAAUGUGUUUGUGGGUUGAUGUGUUGUUGUUGUUUUCCCCUCCCGAGUGGCUAUAAGUAAACGACCAGCAUCUAUUGGGCAUCUUUUCCCCCCACCCUUUUUUUCCUUUUUUUUAAAAGGAGGGGACCAAUGCAAAUCUUUCCUCCUCCCCCCCUUUUCGAUUUUUGGGAUAAUGAUUUCUGCUGUGUCUUGCCUAUGGAUUUUGGCGGGUGAGAAUUUCUGGAUCGUCUUGUAGAAAGAGAGGUCUCUUUGAGACAGGAUGGAUGAUCAGAAACCACCUGGUGAGGACAAAUGCUCUGAUACACCAGCAGCAGAUGGAAUUGUGUCCACAGAAGAGCAGGGCAGUGUGGAAGCUGAUCCUCUGAAGCCGCCAGAAGAAGGCCUUGUGAGAGAAGUAUUGGACACGGUGGAUGUUAAAGAGGAAUUACUCCAGACUUGCAGCCUCCCACCCAAACGCUGUGCGUUCUGUAACUGCAGCAAGUGGAGUUUGCACGGACAGCGAGAACUGCUGCGAUUUGAUCCUGCACCUGGUUGGACAGCGGACCUUUCUGAUUUGCCAGAAGGGAAGCAGCCUGCCUCUACAGAAGCUGGAAAUGAUGAUCUCACCCUGAUUGGCUUUGCAGACAGUGUGUCAGCAAGGGAGGUGUUUGAGCCAACAGGGCACUUCUGGGCUCAUCAUUGGUGUGUGGUGUGGUCAGCUGGAGUUGUACGUGCAGAAGGGUCAUGGCUGAGCCUUGUGAACAAAGCUGUCAUCUCAGGGAUUGCACAGAAAUGUGAACACUGUAAAAGGCAGGGUGCUACUAUUCCAUGCCACGCAGAAGGGUGCCAGCGCCACUAUCACUUCCCCUGUGCCGCGGCUAGUGGCUGCUUCCAAUCCAUGAAGAGUUUGAAACUUCUGUGUCCAGAGCAUCUUGACCAGGCUGUACAGAUGGAGGAUUCACGCUGCAUGGUGUGUGAUGCCCCAGGGGAACUUCGCGACCUGCUCUUCUGCACUAGCUGUGGCUUGCACUAUCAUGGCACCUGCUUGGAGAUCACGGUAACGCCGCGGAAACGCUCGGGCUGGCAGUGUCAUGAAUGCAAGGUUUGCCAAACCUGCAGGCUGUCUGGUGAGGACAGCAAGAUGCUAGUGUGCGAAGCCUGUGAAAAAUGCUACCACACCUACUGCUUGAAUCCUGCUAUUGAGAGCCUCCCCACAGACUUCUGGAAGUGCAAAAGCUGCCGUGUUUGUUCUGACUGCGGCUUCCGCCCAUCCUCAUUGGAGUCCAGCAUUCAGUGGUACGAGAACUACUCUCUGUGUGAAGGAUGUCGCGAGCAGCGCUGCAACAAAGCAAACAGUACAGAGACUGUGCAGCACAGUCCGGAGCAUAUUCCCCCAGCAAGCAGCAUCCCCACAACCGACGAGGUGAUUUCCCCUCAAUCCCCAGAGGAAGUUGAUGUGGCCAGUCAGGGACAACUAGAAGGUCACGUCAGCCCUGUAAGCAUGCAACAAGAAGAACAAGUGCCACUGGAGACUGGCCAGCAGCCCCUUGAUGCAGACAGACCUUUAGAACUGUCCAGUGUGGAGUUGGAGGCCACUGUAGGGCAGGAGCAAAUGGAAGUGGAAACGGCAUUAGAGCCUGAAAAAGCCCCCUCCCCACCACCCCCUCCCCCAGUACCACCAGAUCCAGUGUUUUCUGCUCACACAGAGGAGUCCCCACUUGGUGCCAAAGAGCAUCCUGCCUUUGAAUUGCUGCCCGCAGAGCCAGAGCCCCCAGAGAGUCACCUUCCAUCUUCACUCUUGGCCCAGGAAGCAGCAUCCUCUCCAAGGAGUCCUCCUCCACUUGGUGUGCUCCAGGGUGGCUCUUCAGAAACAGUCGAAGAAGGAGAGCCCAGCGAAGAGCCCAUGGACACAGAGGUGGAAGCCUCGGGUCUUGACAGCGCUGACAGGAAUAGAAUCCAGCCCAACCAAGAGGAGGAGGUGGAGGAAGAGGAGGAGGAGGAGGUGGAGGAAGAGGCAGAGGGGACAGCAGCACCUAAGAUGGAACAUGAACAGAGAUUCUCCCCGCAGCUGAGUGAAGAGGAGGGAUUAGAUGAAGGGCAUGCCACCGCUGAACCAGAACCCAGUGGGAUUCACCUCAGCUUUGCCAAUGAGUCCAAGCGCUCUCCUUCCCCCGUAGAGGUGGAAUUGCUGGACAGAACGUCUCUUCCAAUGGAAGCUUAUGGAUCUGCCAUCCCACUUGAAGGAGGGGCUGUUGGAGAGGAGGAACUAGGGCCACCAUCCCCGUCCCCAAGGCCUCACCACCUAGUGAAGUCAGAUAUUGUGAAUGAGAUCUCUAACUUGAGUCAGGGGGACGCCAGUGCCAGCAGCUUCCCAGGCUCAGAGCUCCCCUUUGCCUCCCCGUACCACGAAGGCGGAGGCUCGCUUUCCCUAGAGAUGGGUGGCUUAACCUCCACAGACGUCAGUCUGCAGAGGGAAGACGGAGCCUCUUUGCCUCUGGGGGAAAUGGAGGACUCUCUGCUAUUUGAUGUAAAAGGCGAAUGUGAGAAGGGACGGCGGCGUAGCUCCCCAGCCCGCUCUCGUAUCAAGCAGGGUCGCAGCAGCAGUUUUCCUGGGAGGAGACGGCCUCGGGGAGGGUCUCACACGGGCCGAGGGCGGGGCCGAUCACGUUUGAAAUCCACCACUUCUUCCAUCGAGACACUGGCGCUGGCCGAUAUUGACAGCUCCCCAAGCAAAGAGGAGGAAGAUGAUGAUGACGACACAAUGCAAAACACAGUGGUGCUCUUCUCCAACACAGACAAGUUUGUGCUAAUGCAGGAUAUGUGCGUAGUGUGUGGUAGUUUUGGCCGUGGCGCAGAGGGCCAUCUCCUGGCUUGUUCUCAAUGUUCUCAGUGUUACCAUCCUUAUUGUGUAAACAGCAAGAUUACAAAGGUGAUGUUGCUGAAGGGUUGGCGUUGCGUGGAAUGCAUUGUGUGUGAAGUGUGUGGCAAAGCAUCUGAUCCCUCCCGCCUGCUGCUCUGCGAUGAUUGUGACAUCAGCUACCACACAUACUGCUUGGAUCCACCUCUCAACACUGUGCCCAAGGGUGGCUGGAAAUGUAAAUGGUGCGUGUGCUGUGUGCAGUGUGGAGCAGUUUCACCUGGCUUCCACUGUGAAUGGCAGAGCAAUUACACCCAUUGUGCUCCCUGUGCCAGUCUUGUCACUUGCCCCAUCUGCCACGUGAAGUAUGUUGAGGAUGACCUCUUAAUCCAGUGUCAGCAUUGUGAACGGUGGAUGCAUGCUGUAUGUGACAACCUUUUCAGCGAGGAUGAAGUAGAACAGGCAGCAGACGAGGGCUUUGAUUGCACUUCAUGCCAGCCAUAUGUAGUCAAGCCUGUUGUUCCAGUUCCCCCUCCAGAAAUUAUCCCAGUGAAGAUCAAGGAACCAGAGCCCCAGUAUUUUCGCUUUGAAGGUGUUUGGUUAACGGAGACAGGCAUGGCGGUGCUACGUAACUUGUCUUUGUCACCAUUGCACAAGCGUCGGCCGCGCAAAAACACACCAAUGACACCAAUGAUGGCGCGGCCAGGCAUUCUUAAUGGUGAAGGUGGACUGGAUUGCCUUGGCUCUCUGGGUGCAGAUGAAAAAAAGGACGGAGACGUGGAGGCAGAUGAGAUCCUGAAAGCUGAAGUUAGCGUUGAACACAUGGAGUGUGAGAUCAAAUUGGAAGCCCCACCGACUCCGGAAAGGGAAGCUGCAGCUGAGGCUGAAGCGGGAAAAGGCCUUCUGGAAGACUCUGAGGAGGUCAAGAAGCGGAAAAGGAAGCCCUAUCGCCCAGGUAUUGGAGGUUUUAUGGUGCGACAGCGGAAAUCACACACACGCUUGAAAAAGGGCUCACUAGUCUUGGCCGAAGUCUCUCGGGAGCUGACAACUACGGAAGGGCAACCGGAAGAAGGGGUGCAACCUAACCCACCUGCUGAAAACCCCGCUGAGACCUUGGCUGAACAGGGAGUGGCUGAAGCUGAUGAAAAGAAGAAACGGCGGGGUCGGAAGAAGAGCAAGCUAGAAGACAUGUUCCCUGCCUAUCUUCAGGAAGCAUUUUUUGGCAAAGCACUCCUAGACCUGAGUAGACAGGCUCUGUUGGCUGCUGGUGGUGUGGGUGGAGAUGGAACUGCCCAUCCUCCCGUCGGUCAGGGAGCUCCCAGGCCCAAGGUGGAUUCCAGCAGGCUCCAAAAAGGGCCAGAGGAUGGAAAGGCAGCUCCAGUUCAGUCCAAAGGGGAUGAAUGCCUUAGUAGCAGGGAAGCAGCAGCUCCUGAAAGCAACUUGAAAGCAGCUGAUGCCAAGACUGAGAAUACUGGGACAGAAGAGCAGAUGGUGCCCAAGACCUCUCCAGAACCUACAGGUGCCGAGAACCCAGCCACACCCCCGGGGGAGGGGGUGCUCAGCUCCGACCUUGACAAAAUCCCCACUGAAGAGUUGCCGAAAAUGGAGAGCAAGGAUGUUCAGCAGCUCUUCAAAGAUGUCCUGGGUUCUGCUGAACGAGAACAGCAGCUUAAUUCUGUUGGGGUGGAUGCUGAGGCCAGAGGCCUGCGUGAUCCAAACUGCUCCCAGCUGGCCCAAAGGCCUUUUCUUCAAGGUGGUGGUACAUCUCUUGGGCCCCUGCAGCCUGCUGUGCCCAUGGAGACUUAUUCUGGAGUUUGCCAGUCCCCAUUCCUUGAUAAUAAGGAGAGGAGUGGCUUCUUCAGCCCUGAGCAGUGUGAACCAGAGAGUCCUUGGGCCAGCAGCUCUGCAGCUUCCACACCAACUACUCCCACCACAGAGGGGGAAAGUGACGGACUCUCGUAUAACCAGCGGAGCUUGCAACGUUGGGAGAAGGAUGAAGAACUGGGAGAGCUUUCCACCAUUUCACCUGUCCUUUAUGCCAACAUGAAUUUCCCCAGCCUGAAGCAGGAUUACCCAGACUGGUCUAGCCGUUGCAAGCAGAUUAUGAAGCUUUGGCGAAAGGUGCCAGCUCCAGACAAAGCCCCAUAUUUGCAAAAGGCCAAAGAUAACCGGGCAGCCCAUCGCAUCAACAAGGUGCAGAAGCAAGCUGAGAGCCAGAUCAGCAAACAAACCAAAGUGGAGGUGCUGCGAAGGCCUGACCGCCCCACGCUUCAUCUGCGCAUACCAUCUCAGCCGGGGGUGCUGCCUGGUGCCCCUCAGCCGUUGCCACCUUCUUCCUCUACUGCUUCAGCCUCGGGACAGUCCCUCUACAUUAAUCACACUGCAGCUCUGCCAAGUGGGCCGGGUAUUGAGUCGCCCAGUGAGCUCUUCCUUAAGCUUCCCUCUUCUGCCACCAGUGCCCAGCCCCCUGUGCAAGUGCCUUUGCACGAGCCCUACGGCAUGGCCUCUGCUUGCCCCCCACCAGAUCCAGGUUUUCCUUCCCCCUCCUUGGUGGGCCAGAGUCCUACAGUGCCUAGCGGCUUUGUCUCUUCCUCUUCUGCCUCCUCUGGACAAUCUCCGCUCCUACCAAACCUUCGUCCGUCCCCGCAAGCUGGAGAGUUGCAGCCCACCCCACCUGGAACCCCAAGGCAUCAGCCCUCCACGCCGGACCCUUUCCUUAAGCCACGCUGCCCCACUGGAUCCUUGGAAAACUUGACUGUGCCUGGAAGCCCUCAGCGAGCUGCGCUUCUGCUUUCCCCACCACCCUUUGGGGAGCAGCAAAAAAAGGGAUUGGAUAUCAAGAAGGAAGAUUCCGGUCGCGGGAUCGGCUCUCCUAGUUACAGCUGCAGCUAUAGCAACUCCCCUUCCAGUGCUCUCCCAUCCAAUGAAAUGAAGGCCCCGGACGUUUUUAAAGCCCCUCUCACCCCACGCCAGUCUCAGGUGGAGCCACAAAGCCCAGGUUUAGGGCAUCGUCCCCCAGAUUCCCACCCUCUGGCUGCUUCCCCACCCAGCCAGGCUGAUCUCUACAGGCAGUCGCCUUACCCAGAUCCCUAUGCCCAGCCCCCACUGACCCCAAGGCCUCAGCCCCAACCCCCAGAGCCCUGCUGCGUUUUGCCUCCCCGCUCGUUGCCUUCGGACCCCUUUUCACGCAUACCUGCCAGCCCACAGUCUCAGUCAAGCUCCCAGUCCCCUCUCACUCCCCGUCCCCUCUCCACUGAAGCCUUCUGCCAGUCUCCCGUCACUCCUCGCUUUCAGUCUCCUGACCCCUACUCCCGGCCACCCUCCCGGCCCCAGUCCCGGGACCCCUUUGCCCCCCUGCACAAGCCCCCUCGGGCUCAAAUGCCAGAUGUUGGCUUCAAGCCGAUGCCUGUCUCCCACAAUACCCUGGCAGUUGGGAAUUUCUCAGCGGUGCCACCCCCUUCUGAGUCCCACCCAAAGACCAACCAGCAGUCUCAGUUUAUCCGCUCUCCUGGCGCCAGUGUCUUUCCCAGUGCUCAGCCGCAGAUGCGGUUCACCUUCCCUCCCAAUGAGCCCAUCAAGAACUCUCCUUCACAAGGGGUCAACAGCCAUUUUGCUCCUGGCAAACCUCAAAGCACAAGCUACGUUUCUUCACCGGGCUUCCACCAGGCUGGGAGCCCUCUGGGCCCAAGCAAGAAUACCCCAGAUCCGUAUACGAUCUCCCCGUUGCGACCUCCGUCGGUGCUGCCCCAGCAGCCCCCUUCACAGCAAGAUGGAGCCAUGUCCUUUCUGCCACGAGGAGGCAUGCCUUCAAGUGACAAGAGAGAGGAGGGGGCAAUAGGACCCCCCAGCAGGGAGCUGCAAGAACUGACGUCUGGCCAGGAGGGGGCCGUUGGCAACAACGCUACCCAGACAGAGAUGGAAAAACAGCGUCAGCGUCAGAGACUCCGGGAGUUGCUUAUCCGUCAGCAGAUCCAGAGGAACAACUUGAGGCAAGAAAAAGAGAGCGCAGCAGCCGCAGCCACCGGUGUUCAGUCCUCUUGGAACACCGAGGGCACCGGACCAGGCUUCGAGCAGAUCAACCGCAGCAUGACUCCUUACCCAUCGGCACAGGACAAGGGACUACUUGGCAGCCUGGGGAGCGCUCCAGGAGGCAGCAAGCUGCCCAGUGGUGUGAUGGUACAGUCAUCCUAUAUACAGGAGGACCGAGGCGCCCGGCCACCUCCAGCAGCAACACCCUCUGCCAUGGAUAUCAAUGGCAGGCCAUCGGUGACAGCAGCUUCCCAGCCCUUUUAUCCCCGCAGUGUCUUCCAAACGCCACCUACACAGCAACAGAUGUGGCAACAGCAGCAGCAGCAGCAACAACAACAAGCAGCAUCCAUGCGUCUCCCAAUCUCUUCACGUUUCCCCCAGCCCCCCACCCAAGACCUAAGUCGACAAACUUUGGGAGGCCUGGCGCCACGCCUGCCCAGUCCUGGUGAACAAUUUCAGACUUCCUCUGGCCCACUGGGAGCCCAGUUCAUUGAGUUGCGGCACCACAUCCCAAAGGGAGUGCUAGGAAGUGGAGCUGGCCCUCCCUUCAUCCAACAGAAUCUUCAGGCUCGACCCAGAUUCUUCCUGCCUGGGAACGAUAGCACCAAUCAGGCUUUGAAAGCUUCUGUUAUGCCUGUGCAGGCCCCUGUCCUGGGAAACCAAGGCCUACAAUCACAGAAAAUCCCUAUUUCAUCCUCUCUUCAGGAUUCAGAGAUGAGCAAUAAUCAUCACUCUCAUGCCAAGGCCAUUCCCCAGUUGAUAUUGCCCCCUGGCAACAUGGAGGUGCGACACAUCGCAGCUCGGACAUCCUCUUCAUCUGUCCCUAAAGAUGUACCCCUCACCUCAACUAACAUUGAUUCUACCCCAGCCGCUGGCAAGAAUCAGCUAAGUCUGGUCAGUAGGCCAUUACCUUGCGAGGUCCCUGUGGAACCCGAUUUGGAUGAUGAGUUUGAUUCUCACAAGGAUCUUGUUGAAGAUGACGAUGACUUGGCCAACUUAAGCCUUGAUCCAGACGUUGCCAAGGGUGAUGAUGAUCUUGACAACCUAGAUAACCUGGAAACCAAUGACCCUCACCUCGAUGAUCUAUUAAAUGGUGAUGAGUUUGAUUUGCUGGCAUAUACAGACCCAGAGCUGGAUACUGGAGAUAAGAAGGAUAUCUUCAAUGAGCAUCUGCGGUUGGUGGAAUCUGCCAACGAAAAGGCUGAACGUGAGGAUCGGCUUAAAAAAGAACCCUCCGUAAGUCCCUACCUCAAGGAUGCUCCUUCUGCUGGUGUUGGCAAGCCAGAUGAACAGAAGGCACCAUUAAUUCCCAGAGAUGAUGUUCCCAAAGUGAAAGAGGGACUUGGUCUUCUUCAGGUUCCCUGUUCAUCUUCUGCAAGGGUGUCUCCAUCCCCCAUCCUUGCAACCUUCAAGGCCCAAAGUGACCUGCUGGACAGCAAAAUGCCUAGCCUGCCAGCUGAUAUCAAACCCAAGAUAGAAGAAGGGUGUUUAAAAUCCUCGCCCUGCCAGUUUAACACUAGCACUGUAGAGAAGCCUCCUGUGAAAUCUGAAGGAGCAGAGAAAAUGAUUGCUACUUUAGGAGUCAACAUCAAAACCAACCAGAAUCUUAUGAGUCCUGGUGGAGUGCAACUUGGCAUGACUCAGUUCCACAGCAACAAUCACCCUCCCAUAUCAGAUAAAGUCCUCUACAGCACCCAAACUCGUCCAUCGCUUAUUCCUGUCUCAAUGCCGAACAACACUAAUUCCAUCCUGGAAAAGUUUGAGCUAGAUGGAGGACCCUUGAGUUUGAGUAGCAGUCAACAGCAUUCUCCAGCUGAUGAACUAGACAAAAUGGAAAGUUCCUUGGUGGCCAGUGAGCUCCCUCUCCUGAUUGAAGAUCUGCUGGAACAUGAAAAGAAGGAACUGCAGAAGAAACAGCAGAUGUCUGCCCAAAUGCCAGGGGGUUCCCAACACCUCCAGCCCCACACUGUAUUGGCACAUUCUGCUCCCCCUCCCCAACCUCAUGAUGGGCAGCUAGUAAGUCCUCAGCAACAACUUCAGUUGAGCAUUGUGGCCAGACCACAGGGCAUGGUGGGCAACCAGCAACUGAUGCAGCAGCAGCAGCAACAACAACGUCUGGCUGGUCCCCAGCAAAACCAAGGGCUAGCACCACACCUGGCAGUGCCUCAGAACCAAUCUCAACUGCUUACCCCCCAGCAUGGCAUGCAGGCAGCUCACAGCCAACAGACCCAACAGCAGCUCUUAGCCCAGAAGAAUAUGCCAGGUGUCCAGCAGCAGCAGCAAAUGAUGGGACUUAAGCCUCAGCAAAUUGUGAUGCAGCAGCAGCAGCAACAGCAGCAGCAGCAGCAGCAGUUGGCUAACAGUUUCUUCCCUGAUACUGAUCUAGAUAAAUUUGCUACUGAGGACAUAAUGGAUCCCAUUGCCAAAGCCAAGAUGGUAGCUCUAAAGGGUAUCAAGAAGGUCAUGGCACAAGGCAGCAUUGGGGUUGCUCCGGGCAUGAACAGGCAACAAGUCUCCUUGCUGGCUCAGAGGUUAUCUGGAGCUUCAUCUUCAUCUGAAGUGACAAAUCACAUUUUACCUGUAACUGGAGGGCAGGAGCGCAACAAUGAUCCAGCACAGGCUCGUCCAAACCCUCCAACCUUUGCUCAAGGUGUCAUCAAUGAGGCUGAUCAGCGUCAGUAUGAAGAGUGGCUUUUCCACACCCAGCAGCUUCUCCAGAUGCAGCUGAAGGUGCUGGAGGAGCAAAUCGGGGUGCACCGCAAGUCCCGCAAGGCCCUGUGUGCCAAGCAGCGGACGGCUAAAAAGGCCGGCCGUGAGUUCCCGGAGGCUGACGCUGAAAAGCUGAAGCUUGUAACUGAGCAACAGAGCAAGAUCCAAAAGCAGCUGGAUCAGGUGCGGAAACAACAGAAGGAACAUACCAACCUCAUGGCUGAGUACCGCAACAAGCAGCAGCAGCACCAGCAACAAUCCUCCACGGUCAUGGCCCUCAGCCCCUCCCAGAGCCCUCGUCUCAUGAACAAGCUUCCCGGCCAGUUGCUUUCUACACACGGCCUCCAGCAGGGGACACAAGGCCUGCCUGGUCAGGUCCCGGGGGGCCUGCGCCUCCCUCAGGCUGCGCCCAUGGCCGUGCAACAGGGCUUACCGUUCAUGAGUCAGCAACAGUCACCGUUGCCACCCCCAUCCGGGGCCACCCCCGCUGGCAAUUUCUUUCCUGGCAACCGCCUGUUACAGGAGAGACAGCUGCAGCAGCAUAGGCUGCAGCUGGCUCAGAAGCUGCAGCAGCAGAACUUCAUGGGACAAAUGACCAUGCAGCAGCAGCAGCAGCAGCAAGGCAUGAUGGGACAGAUGUCUGUGCAACAGCAGCAGCAGCAGCAACAGCAGCUUCAGCUUCAGCAGCAAAACUUGAUGGGACAGGUAUCCGUGCAGCAGCAACAACAACAACAAAGCACAAUCGUCCAAUCUGGUUUGAUGGGUCAGCCGCCACCGCCACCCCCACCCACUCCACAGCCAAAUCAGAACCUGCUCCCUAAGCCACAAGGGCUGCUGAACAGCCAGCCAGGAGCUGUGAUCCAGCAACUCUCUCCGCAGCAGCAGCAGCAGCAGCAACAAGUCAUCCUCGGGCACUCCAUGCUGCAGCAGCAUCAGGGUGUGUUAAGCCACCAGGCUGCCCAGAGGCCAAUGCUGUUGACUCCUCAGCAACAUCGGGCCCUGAGUUGUCCUCAGCAGCUGGCCCAGCAGACUCAGGGGAUGAUGGGGCACCGGCUUCUUUUGUCUCCUCAACAGCAGCAGCAGCAACAGCCGCCCCCACCGCCACUAACACCACACCAGGCAGGGCUCCUUGGCCAGCAGAGGCUGCUAGGCCAGCAGCAGCAGCAGCAGCAACAGAAUUCCCUAGCCCAGCACCAGGCCCUCCUCAGCCAGGGGCAGGGCACGCAGGCAGGAAUGUUGUCCCAAGCCCCUCCACCAAGUGCCCUUAGCCAAGGGCAGGGCAUAGCCCCCGAGCCUAUCCAGCACUUUGCGCAGCAGGGGUCUUUGAACCAGCCCCUGCACUCAAGUCAGGGAAUGCAGCCAGCCCUGCCAGCACAGCAGCAGCAGCCGCAGCAGCAGCAGGGCUUGGCUGUCAAGGAACAGCAGGGAGGGCCGGAAGGCUCCAGUGUCCUUCCCCAGGAGGGAGCAGUCCUGCAGCAGCAACAGCUUCGGCCUCAUUUAGGAGGUCAGGAGCUGGGAGGGCAGAUGAAUCCCCCUGACCAGCAAGGGAUGCCUGGCCACGGAGCCCCUUUGCAAGAGCAGCCCCCUCAGCUGAUGCUCCAGCAGCAUGGGGAACCACAGAAGCAGCAGCAGCAGCAGCCGGCCGAUCUGGGCCAAGCACAGCAGCUUCACCUGGACUCUCAGCAGAAGAGCCUGAUGGGCCCGAUGCAGAUGCAGAUGCAGCAGCCGCAGCCAAACAGUAACCUGCAGCAGCAAGGCAGCCAUCUGCAGCAGCCCUUGCGGACUCACCCGGCAAUGGACAGCAUCUUGCAGCAAGAGGUGUCUCCCCAGCAACCGCCGCACCACCACCAUCAGCACCGGGAGGCCCCUCAGCCUCCCCAUUUGCUCGGUCAGCAGAUGGAGCAGCAAAGCCAAGGGCAGAACCCCAUGGCUCCACAGCAGAGGAUGGUGGGCCAAAACCUGGAACAAGCUUCCAAAGGCUUACCGGGCCAACUUGCACAACAACAGCAGCAGCAGCAGCAGCGCCUUCAAAGCCCAGCGGGAACUUCCAAAAACCCUGGGUUGAUAAUGUCAUUGCAGCAGCAGCAGCAGCAGCAGCAGCAGCAGCAGCAGCAGCAGCAGCAAAGUAUGAUGGUUCCACAGUCAUCAGCCCAAGGCCAGAGCUUCCUGGCCAGCCCUGUAAUGGGUCAGAUCCGGGCUCAGCUUCAGGGAGUCAUCUCUAAAAACCCACAGCUCCGGAACCUCACUCCUCAACAGCAGCAGCAACUGCAAGCUCUGCUCAUGCAGCGGCAUCAGCAGAAUUUGCUGCAGCAGAACCAAGCAUUGCGGCAAGGCAGCCCUUAUCCAGGGCAGGCCCAGGUGUCAUUGGACCAGGGCCGGCCAGCUGCUCCCCAGCUUCCCCUCCCCGGCCCCAUGGGGCAGCAGAUCCCAAGGCAGCCCCCUCUUGCUGUAUUCCAGUUUCGUCCCGAGCAGGGAUUUGCUGCAUCCGCCGAGCACCAGAAGGUCCCAGUGAACCAGCAGGUGGCCCCCAGUCCUCACCAGCAGGGGGCACCAAGGCUUCCGACUCCUCAGACUCCCUCCGUUCCCUUGAGCGUUGCUGGCGUGGCCUCUCUACCACCUCAGCAUCUCAGCCCUUCAGAGCCAAAGAGACCAUCCCCAUUGCUCCUGGCUAAAAGCCCUGAACAGCAGCCGGCUCCCAGCCAGAAACACCAGCCGACCACUCCCAGUCCCCUGCUCUCACCUAACCCAGCGCUUUUCGCUCCAAACACAAAGGAAAUGGCUCUUGGCCCCGGGAGCUUCAGAGACUCAGUGUCCCCCACCAAAGUGCCCAUGGAGACAGCAGCGGUCAACGGGCAGACGAGGGAAUUGGCUUCCUUGGCUGUGGGGAAAGCUUUGCCCCAAUUGGGAGACCCUCCCCUUGUUUGUAUCAAACAGGAACCCAGGGAAGAGGUAGCCCAGUGUGCACUGAUGAGUGGCCCCCAGCCAGUCAAGCGGGAAGCAAACGGGGAGCCCGUCUCGCAAGCAGCCACUGUGGCGGCUGCUGUUACGGUGCCCACUAACAGCCUCAGCCGCACUGAAGCCGGCCACCUCUUGCUACAGAAAUUGCUACGCGCCAAGAACGUCACGCUGGGGACUCAGCGCUCGGGUGAUGUCAACGGGCACGUAGACGGCAAAUUUGCUGGGACGGAGGGCCGAUUGCAGAUGACACCAGAUGUUCGGGAGGAUGUCCUCGCAGCAAAGAAACUCCCCCCACCGAAGCCAAAGCGAUCUCAGAAAGCUGGGGAGCGACUUGUCAAUUCCCGCAAGAAAUUGCGCAAGGAGGAUGGAGUGAAGUCCAAUGAAGCCCUCAUGAAACAACUGAAGCAGGAACUCUCUUUGCUGCCUUUGAUGGAACCGGUAAUCACAGCCAAUUUCAACCUCUUUCCCCCCUUUGGAAGCAGCCCGAUCAAUGGCAAGAGCCAGUUGAAAGGCACGUUUGGCAAUGCAGCCUUGGACAGCAUUCCGGAUUACUACUCACAGCUGCUCACCAAAAACAACUUGAGCAACCCUCCAACACCACCUUCCUCACUGCCCCCCACACCCCCACCCUCUGUGCAGCAGAAGCUGGUGAAUGGCGUCCUGUCUUCUGAAGAGCUGACCGGGCAGUCCAAAGAGCCAGAGCUACCCCAUGAGCCAGAAGGACAGAAGGAUGCUCCCUCUGUGGAAGUGAAAAGCUUAGAUCUGCUUGCAGCUCUGCCUACCCCACCACACAACCAGACUGAGGACGUCAGGAUGGAGAGUGAUGAGGAGAGUGACUGCCCUGACACCAUUGUCCCAGCAUCGUCUCCAGAAAGUGUCUUGGGAGAAGAGAUACCACGCUUCCCAUUGCUGGUUGGAGCCUCUGAAGUGGAGGAGUGCCCCAUGUCCCCUGUCAUCCCCAUAAUUCCAAAGGCCAGCAUCCCAGUUUUCCCAGAUUCCAAAUCCUAUGGGACUGUGGAGCCAGUGGGAAAGGAGACACCUGGCACUUCCUGGGAGAGAGCCAAAGGGAGUGAGGUAUCCGUCAUGCUCACCGUGUCUGCAGCUGCUGCCAAGAACCUGAACGGUGUCAUGGUGGCGGUGGCAGAGCUUUUGAGCAUGAAGAUUCCCAGUUCUUAUGAAGUGUUGUUUCCAGAGCGAAAUGUCACCGGUGAACCCAGGAAAGGUGAAACUGAUGCACAAAGCAAAGAGAAGCCAGUAGUUUCAAAGGGCCCUGAAGGAGGACCAGAGUGGCUGAAACAGUUUGAUGCCAUGUUGCCUGGCUACAGUCUCAAGAAUGAACUGGACAUCUUAACUUUGCUGAAACAGGAGACUUCAGUUCCAGAAAAAGCUGCUCAACACUGCUACAUCAACAACGUUGCCAAUCUGGAUGUCCGGCAACUCUUAACGCUUCCUGAAGAACCGUCUCCUCCUCUGUCCCCAUUUGCACCCUCUCCACCAAGCCCACCCAAGAUUCCUGAGCCGCCCCCUGAGCCAGAAGCACCACCUCCACCUGUGACCUCCCCUCCACCCCCAUCCCCUAAAGAAGAAGCCCCUCAGUCUCCCCCUAAGGCCAAGCCUCGCUCCAGGCCCCUGGAAGAGAGUGAGGAGAGCAAGCCAAGGCUAAAAAAGUGGAAAGGGGUGCGAUGGAAACGAUUGCGCUUCCUCAUUACCAUUCAGAAGGGUGGCACCAAGCGUGAUGGGGAGAGGGAAAUUGCGGAGUUCAUUGAGCGCUUGGCCACCACUCUUCGGCCCGAGAAAGUGCCACGUGAUUUACGGAAGUGCUGCUUUUGCCAUGAGGAAGGAGACGGGGCCACGGAUGGUCCAGCCCGCCUCCUUAAUCUUGAUCUGGACUUGUGGGUGCACCUCAACUGCGCCCUCUGGUCCACGGAGGUUUACGAGACUCAGGGUGGGGCCCUCAUUAACGUGGAAGUAGCACUGCACCGGGGCCUGCUCACCAAAUGCUCACUUUGCCAGAAGACCGGUGCCACUAACAGCUGCAACCGUAUCCGCUGCCCCAACGUCUAUCACUUUGCUUGUGCUAUCCGUGCCAAGUGCAUGUUCUUCAAGGACAAGACAAUGCUGUGCCCAAUGCACAAGCUCAAGGGUCCCUGCGACCAAGAGCUCAGCACCUUUACUGUCUUCCGGCGGGUUUACAUCGAGCGGGACGAGGUCAAGCAGAUUGCCAGCAUCAUCCAGCGCGGGGAGCGCCUCCACAUGUUCCGAGUGGGAGGCCUGGUCUUCCACGCCAUAGGGCAGCUCUUGCCCCAUCAAAUGGCAGACUUCCACAGCGCCACAGCACUCUACCCUGUGGGCUAUGAGGCGACCCGCAUCUACUGGAGUUUGCGGACCAACAACCGGCGUUGCUGCUACCGUUGCACCAUUUGCGAGAACAACGGCCGGCCAGAGUUUGUGGUUCAAGUGAUGGAACAUGGUUUGGAGGAUUUGGUCUUCACAGAUUCCUCACCACAGGCUGUCUGGAACCGCAUCAUCGAACCGGUGGCUAUGAUGCGCAAGGAAGCUGACAUGCUGCGACUUUUCCCCGAGUAUCUAAAAGGAGAAGAGCUCUUUGGCUUGACAGUGCAUGCUGUUCUGCGCAUCGCGGAAUCCCUGCCUGGUGUAGAGAGCUGUCAGAAUUACCUGUUUCGCUAUGGACGUCAUCCACUCAUGGAGCUGCCACUCAUGAUCAAUCCCACUGGUUGUGCUCGAUCAGAACCCAAAAUCCUUACACACUACAAACGGCCCCACACACUGAACAGCACCAGCAUGUCCAAAGCUUACCAGAGUACGUUCACAGGUGAAACAAACACACCCUAUAGCAAGCAGUUUGUGCACUCCAAGUCCUCACAGUACCGCCGUCUCAAGACUGAAUGGAAAAACAAUGUGUACCUGGCCCGGUCCCGCAUCCAGGGACUAGGGCUUUAUGCUGCCAAGGAUCUUGAGAAGCACACAAUGGUUAUUGAAUACAUUGGCACCAUCAUCCGGAACGAGGUUGCUAACAGGCGGGAAAAGAUCUACGAGGAGCAGAACCGAGGCAUCUACAUGUUCCGUAUCAAUAAUGAGCAUGUGAUCGAUGCCACCUUAACAGGUGGCCCUGCCAGGUACAUUAAUCAUUCCUGUGCACCGAAUUGUGUGGCUGAGGUUGUGACUUUCGACAAGGAAGACAAGAUCAUCAUCAUCUCAAGUCGCCGAAUACCCAAAGGAGAGGAGCUGACAUAUGAUUACCAGUUUGACUUUGAAGACGAUCAGCACAAAAUCCCGUGCCAUUGUGGAGCCUGGAACUGCAGGAAGUGGAUGAAUUAGCCCCAAGGGGCUCUUUGACGAGGCAGAGGCCAACCUGAUAGCCUGGCACACAUGGUGCCCUCGGCUGGGCGAGAGAGGCCUUUUCUGCCAACUCUCCCAACCAGCCAGUGUGGUCAAGAGCCACCCAGGGAAAGCAUGAUUGGAACUUGCCAUCCCAACAUGCUUGUGGGGUAGCCGGGACCCAGAUUUAAAAGGGGGCGAUGUCAGAACUACCUGCCCCUGCAAGCCAAUAUCGUUGGUGGUUUACAUCGAGUUGGUUCUUUUGGCAGUUGGGUUCGGUUGCCUCCUGCUUCUUGACAAAGGCAAACCGACGUUCCCCCCCCCCCCGAUGAAAGUCAGCCAUCGCUAGCAACUCCACCCGGGGUGGGAAAACGGAUAAACUGGAACUCAGGGUUUUCUUUUUAGUAUUUUUCUUUUGCGGGCAAAAUGGGGAUUCUUCUACCCCUGUGCACCUGUAUAUAAUGGACUAUCAGAAAUAUACUGUGGUGGGGUGGGGAGAGCCCUGGGGCAUUCUGUCUAGCAGAGCUGGGGAAAGAGGGCUGCAGCAUGGCUACGGAAGCCCCAGGGAAGAAUUUGUAGGGUUUCCUCCCACCCACCCCCUCUGUGUGUGUGCGUGUUGGACACAAGAAGAAUUAAAAAACACAACAACCCUAAUCUCUAUUGCUUGCUAAUCUACCAAGGUAACAAGAGACUUCAAAGAGACUUGUUUUAGCUUGACAAUCCACCUUCCAGAGCGCCUCCCUCUGGAUUUUCUUUACUUUUGGGUGUUGGAUUUAAAACUGUGUGUGAGUGCGGGUGUACAUAUGUGUGCUUUUUGGAAUCGGUCUGUUUCCGAGAGAAAGCAGGCACUGCCUUGCAGGAAUUGGAAACAGAACGUCCCCGUCUCUGGCCCUACCCCACCCCACCCCCGAAAUCUUCCAUGUGCGAGGAGCAUCUGCACUUGAACCUACCUCAUUUGAAGCGUUAGAUUUUGGUGUCUUUCUCUCUCCCCCCCGCUUCUCUCUAAUGUGAGCCCCUUGAGCCCCAGGAGAGCCACAGUUGCCCUGUCAUCCAUGGGAAAUUACUCGGAGGUGAGGUGAGAAAUGUCUUCUUCUGGACUUGUCCUUUGCCUUUUUUCCUCUUCUCUCCCCGGUCUCCCUUCAAUCCCAGGUAGCCCUCAGUCUCCUUGACCUCUUGGGAGGCUGAACCGCAGAGCGCUGGGAAUCCCCAUCCGUCAGCAGAAGAGCCAGAUGCACUGCAAAGCAAGAGGUGGCUUGAUUAUGCCAGGAGGAGAGAGAACAUCAGGUCUCCUGAGGCCAUACCCAGCAGAGCUGCUUGGUCGAUAGAACCAGAGGCGAGAUAUCUUUGUGCCCAUGGGCCAGAAAAGGGAAAUGUUCAUGGGAUGAAGAAGGAAAGGGUUAGCACUGGUGAACUCUUGACAGUGUCAGAUGGGAGAGAGCUGGUUCCCAGUAAGACUCAUGUCCCCCUCCAGUAAAAGAGGCAGUCCGGUUCCCUCUCUCCUCUCCCCUGAUCAACUUGCUGCUCUGAAGGCUCACAGUGUGGAUGCGUGUGAGUGUGGAUGUAUAAUUAUGUCUGUAUAUAUAUAUAUAUAUAAACGGAGGAGAUUGAGAGAUGUGGGCACAUUGCAGAGUUUGGGAUUAUUUAUCUAUUUAUAUAAAUAAAUAAAUAUAUAAAUAUAUAUAUAAAUAUAUAAAUAUAUUGUGUAUAUAUUUGAAAUAGCAUGGGGAGGAACACCCUGCCUGCAGGGUUUUUCUGGACUGCUGGGUGGAUCUCUGCAGAACCUCCCCCGCCUCCCACUCCAUUGGGGGGGGGCGGGGCACGGGAACUACGGGAGAGAGAGAGAAAGAGAGAGAGAGAGAGAAACUUGUUUAUUUGCAGAAUUUUGGGUGGGAAGCGUGUAAAGAGCUUGUUUCUAUGCUUCCUCUGUAUAUACAUAUAUAUUUUCCUUUUUUAAAAAAAUAAGAAAAAAAAUCAGUUUAUAACCAGUAUCUAAAGAGCCAUCUGCCCAGCAGCAUCUCCCUCCUCUCCCCCCCCCAAAUAGGGAAAUUUCUUAUGAACCGAAGGCAAACUAUGGGCAUUAUACAGGUGAGACCGUCAGAAAUGUGUUUUCACCAUUUAAAAUAUGAUACACGUUCUCCCUGCUGCUGAAUGAAACUCUGGAAGACUGCUGUAACCCUUGAACUGAAGUUGACACACGAGAGGAGCAAACGUCAGAGGGUCUUGAUGGAGAAGGCUUUCUUACCGCUCAGAUCAUUUAACGCACAACUGCACCACUUUCCUUCUCCGGUUUCUAAACACACACACAUCCUCCAAUAUGCCCAUAAGAGUGGCAUCUAACCGACCACAGUUCACAGAUGAUCGAUCAGACAGUGCAGAGGGGAACGUGUGCAUAGUCGAAGUCAGAAGAAGGACAAGAGGGGGGUAUUAAAAUCAGGGUUAGCAUGCAAAAGUGUCUUUUUUAAAUAAAUAAAAAAAAGUGUGGCAAGAUGAGAACCAUGUUCUUGAGUGCAAAAGCUGCUUCUGCAAAACCGAUCUAAGCUAUGACGGUUACAAAACAGUAGGAGGUAAUGAUAGAUUAUUAAAGUAAUUAAAACUGUAUAUAAGAUGACAUUUGUGUAGAGAAGGGGGGAAUUUUUAUCAUUUACAAAACCACUGGACGUUGUUUUAAAAUAAAGGUUUGAGUUAAAGCCAGUAUACAUUUUUGUCUCUUUGGAUUUUGUUUUUUGUGUGUCUUUCCAUUAAUUUGGAAGGCUGUAAAGAUGUAAAAAAAAAAAAAUUUUAAAGAAUUGAUACAAAGGUUUAAAAGCUUGAGAGAGAUUUUAAAGAUGAUAAAAUGACUGAAUAUAAUAGAUUGUCAAGAUUUUUUGGGAUGACGGUUAGAGUUUAAGAUAAUUCUGUAGAUUUUAGCUGAUGAAGAAAAAGACUAUACGAUUUUUAAUUUUUAUAUAAACUAUAACCUGGUCUUGAAGCUAAAAAUUUUUUAAAGUUCUCUGCCUGUAUAACCGCAUUUGACGCCUUGUCCCAUACAUCUGUUUACAGUUGCACAUAUUAUAUAUAUUAAGUUUUAACCCUUUUAUGAACCCAAAUAAUCACUUUUUUAAAAAUAAAGUGUGGACUUUGUGAGGAA